AUUACUCCAUCUGAAAAUAAUAAAUACGUCCUUAGAAAUGCCCAGACAGGUAGCGUACUGUCUGUGUUUGGAACCAAAUAUCCUAUACUAGAUCACGAAGAAAUUACCAUUCCGAUUAUUAGGCGAGCAGCUCCACACAUUGAAAAUGAAAAACUAAUUAAUUUGAAUGAAACCGAUAAUCUUUGUAAGGUCAUGUAUAUAGCUCCUACUAAAGCUCUUACCGCCGAAAUUGUAAAAAAACUUGGCGAUCGAUUAAAGUGGCUUGAUGUGAAG